AUGAUGCUUGCUGGUGCUGUGGUGAUCUUUGGGGUUGCCCUGCUCCUCCUCUCUUCAUGGGGAGAUUGUGGCAUUUGCCCAGCUAUGAAAGAGGAUGUUCAUCUAUUUUUAAACGGAACCUCAGAAGAGUAUGCUGAGUAUGUGAAACAAUAUAAAGAUGAUCCUGAAAUAUUGGAAAAUACUGAAAAAAUCAAGCAAUGUGUUGACAGCACAUUGAUGGAGGAAGACAAGGCACAUGCAAAUGGUUUCAUUGAAAAAAUAGAAGCCAGCCCACUAUGUUGA